UCCGCGACUGGAUGUCAACAAUUUGUGAGAGCUUAGUUUUUUGUUGAAAGAAAAUCUUGUAAUUCAAUGAAUAAAUAAAUCAAAAUUGCAAUGCAUGAUUGAUACUUCAGUAUUUUAUUAUAGUGAGUGUAGUGGUUCUCGUAUCAGAGAUGUGGGUCCCCUUGAAAACUCCUAAAUUAGGAGUCGGUGUUUAUAAUUGGAAGGGAGAUGUCCGCUCAGGCUUGCCACUUGAGAUUGGAGAAACGGUCCAAAUAUUAGAAGAAAAUGGAGGUUGGUAUCGGGGCUUCAGUGUUAAGAACAGGUCUGCCUGGGGCAUAUUCCCUGCCUGUGUUAUAUCCAUCCGACCAUGCACUGUCAAGGGGACAGGCCCCAAUGCGAUUGCAGAACUCAAAGAUGAUCCCUUGGUCCGAGAAAUAGCAAGUGUUUUGAGAGAAUGGGCGCGAUUGUGGAAGAAGCUUUAUGUGGAGCGAGAGACGUACCGGUUCAGCGCUGUAGCCAAAGUGAUGAGAGAGCUGCUGAGUGGGCGUCGCGCUCUUUUGGCUGGCACUCUGACGCAGGACCAGACGAGAGCACUGAGGCUUAAGCUGGUUGCAAAGCUAGACUGGGGCAACAGAAAACUCGGUCUUGAGCUGGUGCCACGCCGAGGAGCAGCUGCCGUGGAGCCUGAGGACAUCAGUUUAGUGGAACUAUACAGGGUGCACGUUGAAAGUGCAGAGCGCGCGGCAGCAUGGCGUGGCACCCUCCGAAGAGCUGGCGGGUCUGGCAGCAGCUUCAACUCCGGUACCCUCACAAAUGGCACCACCAUCCCCACCACAGCGGCCCAAUCCCACCACCUAAUGUGCAGCAUGAGAGACUUCGGACACACGGCCAGCGGGGACGAAGCUGAAUUACUCUUAUGGCUCCACGACGCGAGACGAGCUCAACCCCUAUCAGAGAGAUUUAGAGUCAGGAUAGCGAGAGAUGGGUUCUCCAACUACGUAGAUAGACUCCACGCUAACAGCACGCUGUUCGCUGAUCUCUCAACGACAGAUUUGUCCCGGGAACUAUGGCUGGUAGCGUGGGUGGUUCGCGUGGGUAGAUGGGCAGGAGCAGGGAGCAGUGGGAGUGGGACAGGGGAGAGACGAGGACCGGUGGCCAGGAGACCUCUAGGCGCAGGGGUACUGUCCCUGGCAGAGUUCUUGAGGCAGCCGGGACAGCAUCCUAGCGAAAAGGAGUAUACUUUUAAGGUUUAUCAAUGUGAGGAAAAAGACUUUCAUCAGCUACAUGAUAUGCUGAUACGGAAACAAACAAACAAGUGCAAUAUUUUACCUGGGCAACCAAAUUACGGUAUCGUGGUAGCUCUUCGCCUAUUAACCCACACUGGGAGCAUAUCAGAGGCAGUAUCCUCAGGGGCUACCAUCACAGCCAAACGGGGAUUCCCCGACGUGAUAAUGCCUGGAGACGUCCGCAACGACCUCUACUUGACCUUGGAGCGGGCAGAGUUCGAGAGGGGUGGAAAGAGCACUGCCAAAAAUGUCCUGGCCACUGUCAGUGUGCAUGAUAACACGGGUCAAGUUAUAAGUGAAUGCGUAUGGGGCGCUAGCGGCAACGGCAGUACAUCAUACGAGUCGCUAGUGCUGUACCACAACAACAGCCCAUCGUGGGGCGAGCAGUUACGUCUCACCGUACCACUGGAGACGUUCACUCACGCGCAUGUGCGGAUUGAAUUCAGGCAUUGUUCAACUCGCGACAAGAAUGAGAGGAAGCUAUUCGGCUUCUCGUUCGCUCGGCUCAUGGAAGCGAGCGGCGCUACGCUUAGGGACGGGGCUCACGAGCUGUAUGUCUACAAAUGUGAUGAUCCUACCAAAUUAUCUUCAGCCAGCUAUCUAUCGUUGCCUUCGUGCUCCACAGACACGAUACGCCUACCGUCAACCAACGGGGUGGUGGCGUCCUUCCAAAGAAGCUCCAAAGAAAACUGCACCAUAAACACGCUGCUAUGCUCCACCAAAUUGACUCAAAAUGAGGAUCUACUUGCUCUAUUACAAUGGCGAGCGCACCCUGAGAAAGUACAAGAGACGCUAUUGCGAGUGUUGCGGUUAGGAGACGGGUUAAGCUGCGAAGAACUCAUCAAAUUUCUGCGGGAUGUCCUUGACGCACUUUUCGCUUUGUUCUCUACUGAGGAUGGAAACAGCACGCCACAUUCUGGCACUGUGUUCCUAGUAUUGGUGUCGAUAUGCAGCCUCUUAGACGAGAGCCGAUUCCAGCAUUUCCGGCCAGUGUUAGACGUUUACAUCGAAGAACACUUCUCUGCUGCUCUCGUCUACAAAGGCCUACUGUCGUCAGUGCAACAUUGCGCAGAGUGGGCGGCAGGUGCCGAGGGUCAAGAACCCAUCCGCAAGUGUCUGCGCUCGCUCGGCGCAGUGUUCCGGCUCGCCGUGCGCUCGCGGCGAUUGUUCGCGCGAGCUACCGGCGGCCAGUACGAGGACAGCUUCAGAAGAGACGUCAGAGCUGCACUACACGCGCUAAAGGCGCUUGCGCAGCAUCCUCAUAGAGAACAUUUAGCUCCAGCCCAGGUGGCGCUUAUGACGUCCUGGGCUAGCGUAGCCAAAGAAGUAGCAUCAGCACUAGGCCCCGUGGAAGCGGCGAGAGUGACCGCGUCUAUGUUGGACGCGCCCGCAGCCAAUGCACCUCCGGCUUUAGCUAAGGCCAGGCUAGCGGCCGCUCAAGAGAUACUCAAGGGACCUUUAGGACAAGACCCAGAGGCUCGCAACAUAGUGCUAACAACAGCGUGCCACCACUUACGAGUACACUUAGCAAGGCGCGACGAACUAGCUCAAUGCGCUGAUAUGCUCGGCGAGCUAGUGACCUUACUAUGGAAGAAGGAAGACCCGGACCAACCGGUGGAUGAAGAUGAGCUAGACCCGGACGUGGAUGUUCUGUGUUUGAACACACUUGACGUUUUGGUGGAGACUGUGCUCCAUCUUAUUGGCGGGAAUUCGCCGGUUUUGGGUUCAAUGGUGGCUGGCCUGCUAGGCGCCAUGGAGUUACUUCGACCGGCACAUUACCAGCGAUUGUGGAGCCAUCUAGCGCCGCAUCCUCACGACAGAAAACCACUGAAAGACUUCCUCAUGAGAGCUUUCUUGGUGUUUAGACAUCUCAUAGAACAAGACGUGUUCCCAGCUGAUUGGAUGGUGCUACGCGUGCAGAGUUGCAAAGUGCUGCUAUCAGCAUUGCAGGACUUAGCUAAACCGCUACUAGAGAGAUUUUUAGGAGAAGAACCUCCUCAAUUUGAUUCUCAGCUGUGGUCUGGCUAUAUGGAGCUGGGCGUGGCCUUGGUGACGUCAGGCGCUUUGCAGCCAGAACGCUGGGCGGGGCGUGGGCCUGACAGGCCGCGGGUGCGCGCCGCAGCCGGCCUGCAAGUGCUUUCUGUAUGGAGCCGUCUAGGCCCAGCCCAGCUACAUCUAGUCCCAGGCGCAGUAGGAGCAUUACUAGAGAUCACUCUAGUCGGCGAGUUGCGUAGAGCAGCCUUGGGUGCUCUAGUAGCGUUAAUGGCUGCCGAGCGAGCGGCCACCGGCUCUGCUAGGAGAACCGAAGCGGCCCUGGUCGAUAAGCUGGACUCGCUGGUAGCUGAUAACAAGGCCGACGACCAUUAUAGACGGCUGUUUGACACUGUGUUGAUGGAGCGAGUUUCGACUGAGGGUUGGCGUGAGGCAGGGGCGGCUUUCGUGGGAUGUGUCACGCGGCUGCUAGAAAGAUUGCUAGACUACCGCGCCGUCAUGCAAGGCGCCGAGCAUAGGGACAAGAGAAUGGCUGCCACUGUCAAUCUGCUG